AUGCUGGGAAUUACAGUCCUCGCGGCCAUCAUAGCCUGCGCCUCCAGCUGCGGGGAUCCCACCUACCCACCCAACCUGUCAACCAGGGUGGUAGGAGGAGAGGAUGCUGUCCCCCAUAGCUGGCCGUGGCAGAUCUCUCUGCAGUACCUCAGGGACGGCGUAUGGAGGCACACCUGCGGGGGCUCUCUGAUCACCGACAGACACGUCCUCACCGCUGCCCACUGCAUCAGCGAUACUUUAACCUAUCGUGUGGGCCUGGGGAAGUACAAUCUGACAGUGGAAGAUGAGGAAGGUGCCGUGUACGCAGAUGUGGAAACCAUCUACGUCCAUGAGAAAUGGAACCCCAUCUUUGUGAGGAAUGACAUUGCCAUCAUCAAGCUGGCUAACCCCGUGGAGCUGAGUGACACCAUCAAGGUGGCCUGCCUCCCAGAAGAGGGUGUCAUACUGCCUCAGGACUACCCCUGCUAUGUCACUGGCUGGGGUCGCCUCUGGACCGAUGGUCCCAUCGCUGAUGUGCUCCAGCAGGGCCUGCAGCCCAUCGUGAGUCACUCCACGUGCUCCCAGUGGGGCUGGUGGUUCCCCAUGGUCACCAAGUCAAUGGUGUGCGCUGGGGGUGACGGCGUCAUCUCAGCCUGUAACGGAGACUCGGGUGGCCCACUGAACUGCCCAACAGGAGAUGGGUCCUGGCAGCAGCAUGGUAUUGUGAGCUUUGGCUCCUCUGAAGGCUGCAACGUAGCCAAGAAGCCAGUGGUCUUCACCCGCGUGUCUGCCUACAUUGACUGGAUCAAUGAGAAAAUACAACUGUGA